ACCUUUAUUCUAUUAACGAUACAAGGGUAAACACUUAGCAAUACAACUUUAUCAAGCACAAUGAUGAUGUUCAGGAUGAUACUCGUCUGCGCUUUGGUUGGGGCUGGCUCCGCGCUGAGCUGCAGGUGGAUGGAGCAUAAAUAUAGAGACUACAGAGACAACUCUUUGGGUCUUCUUAACGCAAUGGUGAACAACUCCAUCAGUUCCAUCAACUCCACUGAAGACGCUGAUCUGGAGGAUGCCGUAGCCUUCCCAAAUGAGCUCUAUAACGUUGCAUCUAAAGCAAUUACAGAGGAGAGGAUCAGAUUCGUGGCACAGCUUCUGGAUGAGAUUGUCGCCCUGUUUGAGGAGGACCAGACCUCUGCGUCCUGGCACGAGAGCGCAGUGGAUGACUUUCUCAACGUCAUUACGCAGCAAGCAGAUGGACUCCGAUCAUGCGUUGCAUCCCAGAGCCUCAAUAGAAAGAACAGGAAGCUGAGCAUGUAUUUCAAGAGGCUGUCAACUCUGCUAGAGCAAAUGAGUCAUAGUGCAGAAGCCUGGGAAUGGAUCCACACAGAAGUCAAACUGCAUCUCCAAAGAGCAGACCUCCUGAUCGCCUUUCAAACUCUUCUGAACAAAAUGAUGAACAAGAUCCUGUUGGUGUGCCUCCUUUUCAACGCAGGCUCCUCGCUGACCUGCAAAUGGAUGGACAGGGAUUUUAAACUCUACAGCGAAAGUCUUUUGGCUCUUCUCAAAACAAUGAAAAACAACUCCACUGAUGACAUUGACCUGGACAAUGUUGUGUUCUUCCCAAAUGAGCUGUACAACCACGCGUCCAAAGAGUCGCACGAAGAAAGACUCCAUUUUGUGGCACAUGUCUUGGAUGAGAUUUAUGCCCUGUUUGAAGAGAACCAAACGCAUGCGUCCUGGCCCGAGAGCGCAGUGGAGGACUUUUUGGACCUUAUUUCGCAGCAGGCAAACGGCGUGAGAGGCUGCGUAACUCUAACUCCGCACAAAAAGAGUCAUAGGAAGAUGACCAUGUAUUUUAAGAGACUUUCUCGGCACGUCCUACAGCACAUGGACUACAGCGCUGAUGCCUGGGAAUUUGUCCGGGAAGAAGUCCGAAUCCAUCUCCAUAGAGUGCACCUGCUGGCCUCCUCUUAAACCACCACAACAUCAGAAUC